AUGACUCUGGCUCAACCGUCUCCCCGCACCGCUUCCUUGAUCAUCGUGGCAAUGUGUGCAGUCACGUGUACAACCUUCUCCGUCGUCUGUCUGGGAAGAGACGCUACAGUAGCCGCUCUUGCUAGUAAGAAAUGCUUCCCAUCUAGAACAUAUUAAAAAUAUUCCUUUGAAGUUGCAGUCACUGGCAUCGUCCUCUCCGGCAUUGGAAUCAUCCUCAUCAUGAUCUUUAUGAGAGACGCCAAAACACCUGCACCAUCGCAAGUGGUCUUAAACACCAUCCGCCCUAACCGUGCCAACCUAUUCCCGGACCGCCCGCCUCUUCCUCCUUGUAAGUGGAAGAAAGAUUUCUAAACUUAUACUUCAGCUACUUCUGGAGUUCCUUAAACAAAUUAUAAAAACCUUUGAGAGCACGCUGAAAAGUGUUCUCUGCAUAAAUCACUGAAGCUUCAGAGCGUAGAGAAAGGGAAGAGUUGACGUUGAUUGGGGGUUCAUCGAAGUCUCAAUUUUCAUUUCUAACGCUGUCCCACAAAAACUCCCAUUCAAGAAUUGCACACGAGAACCGGUGGAUGAGUGAUUGUAAAAUUGCAUAGUAGGCAUGUCGAAGACAGUAAUUCCAUCCUUUCCACCACAAUGCACACUCUAACAUCUGUCCCUCCGCUUUGCUUGUCGGCGUACUAAGAUGUCGGAAAUCUGUGCCGCUUCACAAAGCCAUUUUCAUCAGGGGCUGUUCCCGGCGCACGCUGUCCUUGACACGGUCUGACGUCACAUACUAAAUUCUGAAUUUUGAAUCAGAUAAUGAGACGAGCCCGUUCCAACGGAGGGGAAAAGGGGACAUAGAGAAGGGGAAAGCACCAUAAAAGAGGAUUGAUGGCAUUUCAUUUAAAUAAGCUUGUGUUUGUGCUUUACUCUCUCUCUCUCUAAGAAAUAAUCCAACAUGUGGCAAAAUACCGAGCAUACAAUAUCAAAUUGCCUGGCCGUCACAGUCCUUAUGACUUUUUUAAUCUUCCUAUAAACACACAUGGCCCCAAAAGCAAUUUAAGGGGUCACCAAGUGGCAACAUUUGAUGGUGACAUCUGUUCGGUUCUAGACUGUACUAUUUGCAUCGGUACCCAUCUUCGCGCGCACAAAAUGGUUGCCUCUCCCGACCUUGGACGAACGCGUGGGACAUCUGGCCGCAUCAUUGCCUAUAUAAUGAUCAUCCCUUUGCAUAGAGAGAGCACAAGUGUUUGCCAGGGAAAAGGAUGGAUAAAACAAUGGACAUCUUGCACCCAAACCUGACACCCCCGUCUGCUACCCUAGCAAUUAUUUGAUUCUAAUAAGUGAGCUAAGUGGAUUAAUUAGUUUUGUUGGUGGAUAGGAGAGAUGGAAAAUGAGACGGACACACAAAUGAACAGACAGGGAGUAACGAUUUCAGACCCUCCGGCCUUCGUUCCUCCAUUCCCAGUUCCUCCGCCUCAAAUCAUUGGAGAAUCCAGCAUUCUGGUUGGUCCGGUCCAUGGAAACCCACCAAGUUACGAAGAAAGCGCUGUCAUUGAAGAUCGUCGCAUCACCGAGUAAUAACUAAAACUUUGUCAGUUCACAAUAACUGUUUUCUUUCAGAAACUCCAAUGCUCCGCCAGCAUACAACCGGACAAAUUUCAGAGAUGACAAUAACAUUGCCAGUUUUUCGCCGCCCCCGUACUACCGUCCGCCCAGCCCGUUCUUCGCAACAUCCGUGCAGACCUCCACAAUGUACCUCUCGUCCGAGAGCAUUGCUCCUUCGCCCAUUCCGAUCUCUCCUAUCCGUGUCCGGAGCCCUUCUCCAGUCCGCCGUCAUCCUGCUCGCAAACCCCGCCGAUCUCCCCGCCGUACUCAGGAAACCGUCAUUGUGAUUGAGGACAAUCAAGUGGGACAAUCCACGAGCUCAGGAUCACCAAAAACAACAUCUCGGUAAGUGAUAAUAAUAAUGAAAUCAGAAUAAAAUCUAAUGAGUGCUAUUAUAUUUCAGAACAUCACUUCCUCAAAUGAUAAUCGACUGCUCGAAAGCGGAGCCAACACUAUUCUCGAUCAACGGUGAAGAGUCUAUUAUCUAA